AGAAUUUAGCACAAACGCUGACAGCUGCGAAGAAACAAUUGAUUUCGCACUUGUAAAAUAAUCAAUCGAGGAGGAAUUUUUAAAGGUUUUCUGAAUAUUGAGACCUUGCGUCAGGAUUAUGUAUGUAUGCAAAUAGCUACGCUACGCGGAGCAAACUGUGGUCUGCGCAAAACUACAGUUGCUGGCAUUCGCGGUAACCAGUUUCACCAUUCUACUCUGCGUGUACCAACGUUACGUCGAGCAAUGUCGAAGUUUCACCACAUCAGCAAACUCGCAAUUAGCGAAAAUCGCUCCUCUCUUAAAAUUGAUCUUCCUAGUCCUACAUCCUCGAUUUGUUCGGACGUCGGCUACGGAAGUGAAGAAGUCGAAGGAGGCAUCAGUCCCCCAAUUGUUGAGCAUGCUGAACGUAAUCGAACCUGUCGGCGAAAGAAAUCUAGAACUGCUUUCAGUGAUGAGAUUCUCUUGCAGCUGGAGAAGAAAUUUAGACAGCAGAAAUAUUUGAUGGCUGACGAGAGAGAAGAGUUUGGAAAAUUGAUUGGAUUAAAUGAGACACAGGUUCGAACUUGGUUUCAGAAUCGUCGCAUGAGGUGGAAAAAACAACGAAAAGUAACCGCCGAAGAGAUUCCAACUCCGAGAAAAGAAACUACGCGACCAAGCUCCACUGCGUCACCUGCUCCCGUCGUGACUUCAUCGCCAGAAAAGGUAGCCAAUUGCAGUUCAGACGAGCCACAACCGAUGACAACUAUGAAGUUACCGACAACUCCAACAAUAUUACCAUCGUCGUGUAUUCUCCCAUCGGUGUAUUCUCCGUCGCAUUUCAUGCCGACGCCAUACGCGAGCUCAGCGCCGUAUUAUAGAUCUUACUAUCCAGUGCCCACUAUGUACUCUGUACCACCUUAUUUCUCAUCCUAUGGGGGCUAUCCAGGUAUGACGCGAAACUUUGGAGCCGUGAUCGCACAUCAGUAUCCAUUGAGUAAUUCUGCGUUUGUUGGACAAUAUUCACUAACGUACCGUACAUACUAGCGUUUUCAUUAGAUCAUAGAUAUAUCAUGCCCGUGCAAUAUAUUUAUAUAUUUUUAUCUUCCCUUAGAAAUGUUUACUGGCGUCGAAUUUAAAUAAAAUGAAAUCUCUCAAUAAUA